AUGAAUAUGCUUCUUUCUCUUGACACUAUUCCCCGCAUGCACAACAUAUACAUAUCAUUCUUUAUUUGGAUCCUUCUGGCGGGCUUCAUAAUCUUCCCGGGCACAUUCACCUCUCUCCAAUCUCUUCCCUCUUCUUCCCUUCCCUCCGAUCUCCCAGAUGCAACCACCCAACAUAUUCUCCACGCUGCAAAGAAUAUCCCGCUUCUCUGGAUUGCAAGUUUCAGCUGUGGUAUCGGUGCAAUGGGUAUGCUAUGGCUGUGGCAUACACAUCGACGAAAUUACGUGUGGCUUUUGAAUAAAAUAUUCCUCCCGGGUUGUCUCAACAGUGUUGCGGGAUUCGUCAGGACGCUGGUGGGGGUUUAUGGUCAGCAAAAGGGAGCGUGGAGUAUUACUGCUAGGUGGGUGGGAAGUUUUCUUUAUAAGGAAAUUAAUUUUGUUGGGCGAGCAGAGGGAGCAAUUUGGUUGUUUUUUUCUUCUCCAAAAUAUGUCUUGUUAUUACAAUAUACAUCUACUUACUCCCCAUCUGCGCAUAGGAUCACUGCGAUAGUUACCGCCAUAAUUGCGUGUACAACGGGUAUUCUAUUUGUGUUUUAUAAUUUCUGGUCGUUGAGAAGGGUAAAGAGUACAAAUGAAAAGGAGAUGAAGAGUUUUGACGAGGGAUUUGUGGAGAAGUUUCGGAGGAAGAAAGAUGAGCCGGCGUUGGAGCCGGGAAGUGUUGUUUAG